CAUUAACAAAGAGAAAGAAACUACCACUCUCAACUCCGACUACAUUCCAUAACAAUGGCUUCCAAAUCCACCGUCACAACACUAACCAUCUUCUUCUUCUUCUUCAUCUUCAUCUCCAUCGAACCUAAGGUUGUUCAAUCACAACAAAUCUCAACCGUCGAUUCAGGAUGCAACGGCCGUUGGAUCCAUAUCCGUACACUCCCAUCACGAUUCAAUCUCGAUCUCCUCUCAACUUGUAAUCGUUACCCAAUCACCGACGAUCUCUGCCCUUACUUAGCCAAUCACGGACUCGGCCCAACAACCCAUACCCGUACCCGAAGCUGGUAUCGAACCGACCCGUUACUUCUCGAACUCAUUUUCCACCGUCGGAUCCUCGAAUACCCAUGUCUCACGCCCGACCCGGAUCUCGCCACCGCCGUCUACCUCCCUUACUACGCCGGCAUCGAUUCUCUCCGUUACCUCUACGGACCCGAUUUAAACUCCAGCGCCGAUCACGGCUCUGAUCUUCUCGAGUUUUUGACCCGUGAUCAACCCGAGAUCUGGUCUCGCCGCUCGGGUCACGACCACUUCCUCGUCAUGGCUCGACCCGCUUGGGAUUUCUCUCAGCCGUUGACCGUUGAUCCCCCGGUUUGGGGGACGUCGUUUCUAGAACGCCCCGAGUUUUUCAACCUGACGGCGUUAACACUCGAGUCUCGUUUCUGGCCGUGGCAAGAACAAGCCGUACCUUACCCGACGUCGUUUCACCCCCACAGCUUGCCGUUUUUGGAAUCUUGGAUCCGCCGCGUCCGUCGUUCGCGGCGAACCUCGCUUAUGCUGUUCGCCGGAGGAGGAGGCACCUCAACUUCUCCGAACAUCCGCCGUAGCAUCAGGUUAGAGUGCACGAGCGCGAACGCAACCGCCACCGCAACAACCGAAUCUGAUAAUAACAAUAAUAAAAUCUGCGAUUUCGUUGACUGUUCAAACGGAAUCUGCGAGCACGAUCCGAUCCGGUUCAUGAGACCGAUGUUGCAGUCAUCGUUCUGUUUACAACCACCGGGAGAUACACCUACAAGGAAAGCUACCUUCGACGGGAUCAUCGCCGGAUGCAUACCGGUGUUUUUCGAAGACCAGACCGCGAAAAUGCAGUACGGUUGGCAUUUACCGGAAUCGGAGUUCUCGGAGUUUUCGGUGACGAUUCCGAAGGAGGAUGUUGUGUUCAGAGGGGUUAGGAUACAAGACGUGUUGAUGAGUAUACCUAAAGAAGAAGUAGCGAGGAUGAGGGAGAGAGUUAUAGAGAUGAUGCCUAGAGUUAUGUAUAGAAGACAUGGAGCUUCGAUGGGUUUGAUGAGUAAGAAAGAUGCUGUUGAUAUUGCCAUUGAUGGAGUUUUGGACAAGAUCAAAUCUAGAGUUUUGUUCUGAUUAUACUACUAACAACACUUUAAACAGAAUCUUGACGCCUUUAUCGGAAAGGAAAACAUAUUCGUGGCUAUAGGUUUUUGGUAAAAAGCCUAAGCCAAGCCCGAAGACUACGCUGAAGCCAUGAUUCCAAUAAAGAACCCAUUUACCUAUUUGGGCCUAUUCCAGUUAUCUUUUUCUUUUCUUCGAGCUGUGUCUCUUUUACUCUUUAGUAUCAAAACAUAUGCAAGUAUGUAAUGUAAGUAUGGAUCACUUUCGACAUAUUAUUAUUAUGUAACAAAAGCUUUUAGAGUCAUUUAAAUUCGUGA